AUGAAAAAUGGUGCAUUGUCAGAUGGUGCAGUAAUUGCUGUAAAACAGCUCUCUGCCAAAUCUAAGCAGGGCAACCGCGAAUUUGUCAAUGAGAUAGGAAUGAUUUCUGCUUUGCAGCACCCGAAUCUUGUGAGGCUUUAUGGCUGUUGUAUUGAAGGAAACCAGUUGUUGCUGAUAUACGAAUACUUGGAAAACAAUUGUCUUGCCCGUGCACUUUUUGGUAAGUGCGUUGGUCUGCUGGCAUCCUUUAUACAUUUUAUCCAUGUGAAAAAUGAUUUAUGGGUUCUCGCUCUAUCUCUUUUGAUCUUCUCUUUUUUAGGUCGCGAAGAACAGCGCCUAAAUCUAGACUGGCCCACAAGAAAGAAGAUAUGCUUAGGAAUAGCAAGGGGCUUGGCAUAUCUUCAUGAGGAAUCGAGGUUGAAAAUUGUACACAGAGACAUAAAGGCUACCAAUGUGCUGCUUGAUAAAUAUCUAAAUGCUAAGAUAUCAGACUUUGGUCUGGCUAAGCUUGAUGAAGAGGAGAAUACUCAUAUCAGCACCCGAAUUGCUGGAACAAUGUGAGCUUUUUCUCUUUCCCUUCUUCACUAUGCUUCCCUGCAUAUAGCUUGGUCAAUAGUUGAAAACAAUUAGGUAUAUUAUUCAUCACGAUGGCGUUUAUGUGAGGUCAAUAAUCAAGUGAUAUUACGUUGAAAAUGAGCGAGGCGGAACAUAGUUCAUAGAAUCCACUAUAACAAACUUUUCAGAGCCACAUAUGUGAUAUCUAGUUCUCUUUUCCUUAACAAAGGAGAUUGCAUGCUGACACACCAAAGAUGGAGUCAUAAUUGACUGCAAUUUCCGUUUCAAUUGUCAUCAAGCUGUAGAUAACCAUCUGUAAUGGGGCUUUCGAAGGCUUUGAAUCUGGGAGUACGUUUUACUCCUUUCUACUUGCGCUGAAUCAAAAUGGACUUUGACAAUUGAAGGAAAAACUUUUUCCGUGGAUUCCAUUUGUAAUUCAGAAUUUUAAGUAAAACUGAUUACAAAAAAAUAUAGUAACAUGGAUGGCAUGGUUACAAUUGUACCUGACUCACAUGAAGAUUCCUUGUCAGUCAGAAAACAUAACAGAUGGUCUUAACUAAGAGAAAAAAUUUAUCCACGGGAUGCAAAUUGCUUCCUCGGAAAAACACAAUUAAUUAAUGAGUCACACUGCUACUUUCUAAUCAGAUUUGAAAGUUAUUAUUUGUUUUUAAGAUGACUUUUCUAUUGUAAAUCUGUUUCCUCUUCUUGGCUAAUCGUGGUGUGUACAGCCUUAUCGUUAUUAAUUACCUAAGUUGUGUUCCAUGAUGAAACUCUGGGUACAAAAGAUUAGAUGCUGAUCCCAAACAACACAAUUUUUUGCAAAACUUUAGAGCUGAUAUGAAUUACAUAAUUGUUAAAAGUAUUUUCCACACUAGGACUUUGUUUCUAGCACGUACAGUUCUUUAAAACUGAAAAAAAAUUGGUUUUGUUCAUCUUAUUCUACAGUUCUUUCAAGGUGCCGUAAUGUCUAACACUGGUGGAAAAGGCACUCAUCUGGCUCUUCUAGAAUAAUCUCACAUACCGAUAUAAGCUCUAGAAUCAUCAAUCAUAUGAAUCGGUGUAGAGAAGGAGAUAAUAUGAGGACAUUUGCAAUAUAUGUUUGAAUUUGUUCAGCUUCACCUUUGAUAUUUUACUAUUUUACUGUAGAUUUUUGAAUAAAUCAACCAAAUUGUGUAUCUAUCCCUAUGUCAUUCACAUUCAUAUAAAAAAUUUACAUGUGCUGAUAGUGUAAAAAAAAAAAUUUACUCAGAUUUUCCAUCUCGAAGUGUCUCUGCUAAAAAAAAAAAAGUGUCUCUGUGCUAAGUAGGUCUUAUUGUGCGUUGUUCUUUUACUUGGAUGUCUGAUGCAGACUGGGAAGAAAGAAGUGGGAAGAAGUAAGAAAAAUAUGAUAAUUGAGAAGAAAUGGGAGAAUAAGCAAUACUUGAUAAUUCAAUCGAUCAAAUAUCCAAUAACAGUCACAUCAGCCCCUAUUCAUGGGAAAUACCAAAAACCUAAAUCAAGACUCCUAUUAUAUUUUACUAUGAGAUGAGGAGAUUAAUACUACUAAAAUCAAAGAGAAUCCCAAAAUAAUAAGUGCAAUAAAUACAAAAUAAUAGAAUGACGUUAAAAUAAAUUCCUAGCACUUUGUAAGCACCUUACUUAUCUCAAAUUAUGCUAAUACUUCAUCAACUACCUAUCUACCAGCAUAUCGCUACAUGCGGCACUUCCAAUUGUAUUAAUAAUAACUUUAUGCGUAGGGACAAAGAUCAUGUUAUUGGUUGUAUUCUUUUGUCAAAAGCACAAAAUCUUUUCUUCUUUGUGUCAGGGAUUUGUUAAUUUUCAUUCAUCUCGGUGCUUGUUCAGAUUGUCUAUUCCAUGCUUAAUUUCACACUAUUCAAACUAAACAAGAGAUUUAUUUUUCUUAUGCAAUGAUUCCCUUUACGGAUGCAUGUUUCAAGCAUUAGUAAAAGGCUUUGUUAUAACUAGUAGUUCGGAGUAUGACAGAGUUGAGCUCGGCUUUGUUACUGGCAUAAUUCUUACUACUGUAGUACCUUCUGAUUUAUAUUUUGCAGAGGAUAUAUGGCUCCUGAAUAUGCAAUGAGGGGUUACUUGACAGACAAAGCAGAUGUUUACAGCUUU